AUGCCGGACCGCAGUGACACCGAAGUGGAGAAGAUCAAGAGCACCCUCAUCCUAUGCUAUGGGUACGUGGCCUCCUGCGCCCCAAAGGAGCUGGUGCUGGCCAGGAUGGAAGCGGACAUCCUCAAGAACAUCUUCCAGUACUUCAAUACCAAGGUUCUGGGAAUAAAGGUAGAGACCAAGGACCUGACCCUGAAGCUCUGCCUCAUCCGGAGCAUCUGCAUGAUCAGCCAAGCCAUCUGCAAAGGGGGCAAGUGUGGGGACUUCAGCUUCUCCCGCAAGGCCGAGCUCGUGGCCCAGAUGGUGGAGUUCAUGAAGGCAGAGCCCCAGGACACGCUGCGGACGCCGCUUCGCCAACGGGCCAUGGUCACCUGCACGUACCUGGUCAUCCUGGAGCCCCACUUGAGUGACCCAGACCGGACUGAGCUCAUUGACACGUGCCUGGCUGGAGUGCUGGCGCUUCCACCACUGGAGAUGGCCAAGGACAGGGAAGAGAAUGGAGCUGAUGCCAUUCCUAAGGAGGCGCUGUAUGGUGACACCAUGAGUGCCCUCAAAGAGCUGCUGAAGAGCCUCCUGCAGAGGAACCUCACCCCCCAUGGGCUCCAGGACAUGUUUGCGCAUUUAGGCCCCUGGAUCAAGUCAAGCAAGGACCACGAGCGGCAGCGGGCAGUGGAGAUCAGCGCUGCCUUGCUUGACUUCUACCUGAGCGCACUCAAUGUCAGCACCGUGACCCCCUUCUACAACCUCAGCAUCCUCAUCGCCCUCUUCUCGCCGCGCUGCUCGGAUGCGGUACCCAGCGUCCGCCUCCAUGCUGUGGACUGCGUCUACUCCUUGCUCUACAUCCAGCUCUGCUAUGAGGGUUUCGCCCGGGACCAUAGGGAUGAGAUGGUCGAGGGGCUGAAGGCUCUGAAGCAAGGCCUGCAGGAGCCCGACUUCACCGUCCUCUUCCACACCUGCAGCAACAUGGCCAUGGUGCUGGGGAAGCGCCUCCCUCCCGAGCAGCUCCUGAGCCUCCUGCUCGCCCUCUUGGAGGGGCUGGCGGAUCCCGACCGGAACUGCUCCCGGGCAGCCACCGUCAUCAUCAACUCCCUGCUCAAGGAGCGAGGGGCAGUGCUGCAGGAGAAGGUCCCCGACAUCCUGAGCAUCAUCCACAGCAAGCUGGAGGAGGUGGAUGAGGAGCACAUCCGCAAGGCUGCCCAGCAGACCGUCUACAUCCUGGCCUCCCAGCACAAGAGCCUGGUGGUGUCCAGCCUGCUGGGGAGCCCCCUGCCCUUCGACAGGCACACGUGCACCAUGUGGAGGUCCCUGGCCACCGAGCCCACCCUCACCUCCCAGAUCCUGGAGCAGCUCCUGGAUAAGGUGAACAGGGAUGUGCCCUAUAAGGAGAGCAAAUGCUUCCUGCUGGGGAGCGCCUCGGAGCGCAUCGCCACCCCUCUGCCCCUGGCUGCCACCUGUGCCCUCCAUGAGCUCCUGUGUGCCCCGGAGUCGGGCCCGGCCCUGCAGGGUCUCUUUGCUCCUCUCUUUGUGACGCUGCUGCUGCGCCUGAGCUGCGCCCUGGGGGUGCAGCUGCCCCGGAGCCUGCGGGACAGGGACAGGGACAGGGGCAGGGACAGGGACAGGGACAGGAGCAGCAGCAGCAGCAGCAGCAGCAGCAGCAGCCGGGGCCCUGCGCGCUGCAGCCUCCAACCAUGCAGCAGCGCGGUGCAGACCCUCAAGGUGAUGCUGCUCCGGGGGGGCAGCGAGGACGUGGUCACGGCCAUGGACAACGCCGGUGCUUGGGACCUGAUGGCGACCCCGGAGAGGCACCACGAUGGGAUCACGGUGCUGGCCCGUGCCAUGGCCCGGCACGCCGGCCCCCGCCUGCCCCUGAUUGUCAAGAACCUCAUCCCAGCGCUGAGCAGCGUCUUUGAGAGCCAGAGGAUCACAACCACGGCCUUCUUCGCUGAGCUCCUCAGCAGUACCGCAGUGACCGACCUGAUGCUGCUGGAGCCGGUACUGGAGGCCCUGACCGGGCGCCACAGGGACCCCUGCACCCUGGUGCGGAUGCUGGUGCUGCGCGGGCUCGGGAACGUGGCCAUUGGCUCCCCGGAGAAGGUGAGGAAGCACGGGGCCAAGCUGCUGGCCUCCAUGGUCCAUGGCAUGGAUGACAAGGAUGAUCCCCAUAACCUGGUUGCACUGGAGGCCAUGUCCAGUCUCUCCAAGCUCCUGGACCAUGUGGAAGAGGGAGAUAUCCAGUCCAUGCUCCUGCACAUCGCCAUCAGGAUCCGGCCCUUCUUUGAUAGCGUAAGGCUGGGCCAGGGCCACUGAUGGGGCGUUGGGA